AUUAAUACCGGACCGGGGCGCAUUUCCAGCCCGAAGCUGAGCGAAGGGAACCGCGACGGAGGAGCGGAUUUUACAACCCCGUACAGCGUCUGGCUCGCUUCAUCAGCACACACCGGUGCCAUGUUGGUACAAUAGCGGGCAGCUACGUGUGUUUUUGUGGACUUCGGCUGGAUCUGAAAAGCCUCAUGACAUGUUCGACACGGCCAGUAACUCUCCACGCAGCACCCCCGGCAGCUCCCCCUCUCUGCGGCGCAGGGUCCUGGGGGGAGGCAGGGCCAGCGAGGGCGAGGCUGGAGGAGACAAGAGCAGUGGAGGUGGAGGAGGUGCAGACAGCCCACUGCCCUCCAUACCCUCCGCCUCCUCCCUCACAUCCGCCUACCCACUUGCCUCUCGCCACUUCAGCCGCAAUGCCAAGAAAAUGCAGAGCUGGUACAAUGUCCUCAGUCCUACGUACAAACAGCGAAACGAGGAUUUUCGUAAAAUCUUUAAGAAACUUCCUGACACAGAGCGACUUAUAGUGGAUUACUCCUGUGCUCUGCAGAAAGACAUACUUCUUCAGGGGCGCCUCUAUCUGUCGGAGAACUGGCUCUGUUUCUACAGUAACAUCUUCCGCUGGGAAACCACUAUCACUAUCCUACUAAAAGACGUGACCUCGAUGACCAAGGAGAAGACUGCCAAGCUCAUCCCGAAUGCCAUCCAGAUCAGCACUGACAAUGAGAAGCAUUUCUUCACGUCUUUCGGAGCGAGGGAUCGCAGCUUCAUGAUGAUUUUCCGUUUGUGGCAGAACGCACUGCUGGACAAGUCUCUGUCCCCCAAAGAGCUGUGGCACAUUGUCCACCAGUGUUACGGCACCGAAUUAGGCCUCACGAGUGAAGACGACGACUACGUCUCCCCCACCGCCGAACACAUGAACGGCCUACUGCCAGGAGAUGAGUCGGUGUCGGUCACAGACCUACUGGACCUGAGCUCGGUGUCGGUCCCGUCCACCGGCAGCUCUCCCCCUCCCCUGGUGCCCUGCGGCCUGGCCAGUCCUCCCUCAGCCUCCAGCCUCAGUGGAUCCUCUCCGCCUGCCUCUGCCUCCUGUCUGCCUGCAGAGGAGUCUUCGUCAUCGGGGCGCAGACUCAGUUCGGACCCCUUGGAACCGAGCCCCGCCGGCUCACACGGCUCACUGCCGUCCACCACGCCCACCGCCUCAGCCCCGACUUCUGCUGCUGCCUCCUUUAAUCUGGAGGAGGGUGGGGACAGUUUGUCCGAGUCGGCCAAUCACAUGCUGCCGCCUCCGAGCGCCAGUCUGGGAAAUCUGUCGUCUCUGGACAUCACCAACGACGAGGACCUGCCCACUGACCCCAGCAACUCCUCUGACACGCAAGAAGAGAGUGAGGUGGAGUCUUUCUGCGCCAACCUUAGCGGGCGGCUUCACAUCAACACUGCUGUCCGAAUGAGUGUCGACAAGCUGCAUGACCUGCUCUUUUCUGCCGACACACACUUCAUCCAGCACCUUUUCUCCCAGCGACACUUCACAGACCUGUCGGUGGGCGAAUGGCAGCCAGACAGCAGCAGUGGGAACACCAGCCGUGUGCUCAGCUAUACCAUCGCCCUCAACAACCCCCUCGGCCCCAAGACCGCCCCCGUGGUGGAGACGCAGACAUUGCAUAAAAGCAGCGCCCGGGGCGAGUGCUACGUAGUGGACUCGGAGGUCAUCACCUCAGGCAUCCCCUACCAGGACUACUUCUACACUGUCCACAGAUACUGCCUCACCUCCAUCAACAAACACAAGAGCCGACUCAGAGUUUCCUCAGACAUCUGCUACCGGAAGCAGCCGUGGAGUCUGGUGAAAGCACUGAUUGAAAAGAACACCUGGAGCGGAAUUGAGGAGUACUACAGGCACAUGGAGAGCGAGGUGUGCAAGCUGGAGACACUGCUGCAGUCGGAGGUUACAGUGGUGACCACAGGUGAAGCGGUGGGCGCCGAUGCCGCCAAGACGCCGCCGGCUUUGCGUCGCAGAAAACGAACCUGCUCACGGCGGCAGGGCGAGAGGGAGAGGGAGAGGGAGGGAGGAGGUAUCGGCACCGGAGACCGAGGCGACAGAGGAGUCGGAGAGGACCGAGACCGAAGAGAAACUGGUGCUCAGUAUAUGAAGCUGGGAGAGCGCUCACGUAGCGGAGGACACAACAGUAUCUCCACCAUCCUGCUCAUCGUCAGCUUCAUUCUCGCCGUGCUGGUGGCGCUCAACAUGCUGCUGUUCUACAAGCUGUAUGCUCUGGAGAGAGCAGCUCAUACACUGGAGACGUGGCACUCCUACUCUGUCGCUGACAGUCCUUUGCCUCAGACGGCAGGAGAGUGGGCUCAGGUCUUGCAGCUGCAACGUCAGUUUCAUCAGGCUCAGCUCAGUAAGUGGCAGCAGAUCCUGCAGUCCUCCGUCACACUUCUCGACCAGAUGAAGCAGUCUUUAGAGAAACUCCACCGGGGCAUCGUGGUCCCGGAGGUGCAGCAGGAUCCGUCUGCAGACACACUCACAGAGUCGCUGACCGAGGCCUGAUCUCCGACUGUCCCCCACCUCCCAGCACCCCCCGCUGGACCACCAGAGUAGAACCUGGGGGGUCGACUUGGAUCGGGAUGCUGUCUGUUCUCUCUCCUUUAUGUCCAAAUCAAAAACCAGUGUAGACUGGGACAUGCAGGGGAACUACAUUACCCACAACUUCUCCUCGCCUGACUGACUUGAAAUGUUCGCCUUUAGCCUCAACAACGUCAGUGACUGGAAGCUAUCAGGACCACAGCAAUAAUUUACCCCACAAAUCAUGUGUAUAUAACGUGAAAACAGGUCACUGGUGGGCCGACUCAGACCAUCCACUCCUCAGCAACUUCAUGACUAUCACAGAUCUCCUCCUCUGGCCUGCAACAUUUCAUAGGUGAUUCUGGAAGGUCAUGGGAACAGUUGGAUACCUUUGCCUAUAGUAAACGCCUGCUGAAGGAAAAAGGCGGCUGCAGUGAGGAACAAAUGCCAGAGGGAGGCGGCAGAACGCCUCUCUGGAGUUAGUUCUUCGUUGUGGAGCAUUUCGACAACAGACACUUUAGUUUUCACCCUUAUUUUUACAUGUAAAUUAUACAUCUGAGACCUAAACACACUCCAACUUCUCCCAGUCCUGUCAGGGUUUUAUGUUUUGUCCACACCAGUGCGUUCUCGGACCGUUACAGUAUUUAUUAUUACCUGAAGACCUGUCCUGCUCUGGAGAUGUCGUGUGGUUUCAGAUUUGCUGUUGCGGUUCAGACCAACAGGAGCUCCACGAUUACUGGUCACAGCAAUAAUUACAAUAGUGAUUCUUUUGAAUGUUUCAAACAGAGUAGUAUAUAAUAAUAAUAAUAUUGAUAAUAAUAAUAAUUAAUAAUAAUGAAUCGUGUGUGAAUGUGUAUAGAGGCAGUGAAAAAAAACAAGCAAGGAACAUUUUGGAUGUUCACAAGGAGUCGUCGCUGUUACAUUUUCAGAUUAGUUUUUGAAGAGUUCUCUUUGGCUGCUCGCUCUUCUUUAGCAGUUCAGGAUUUAGCAUAGAUUGAUCUAAAUGUCAGCUACUUCUUCGUCCAACUGGGCCGGCCAUUUCAAAACAAAAGGACCAACGUGGACUUUGUAGGCCCAGGUUAAGAAAAAGGGAAUCUCUGUUUUGCAGUAUUGUUUUGUUUUGUUUUUUUGUUUGUUUUUUCAUUUUCUUUGUGUGUUUGUAAGAUUAAUCUGACUCACUCGUUGUCUCUUUUUAUUCAGUCGCUUUUUCAUUUUCUAUGAUUUUGUUGUCCGUAUUUGUUUCCAGCCUGUCCUCUCCGUCCACUCAACUCCGGCCUCGAAUGAUGUGAAAACACCCAUCUGUGCUUUGUUUUUCUUCCUAUCACUCGAUCCCACUCUUCCUGUCUUUGCUCCUCGCAUUAAGCCGUUCGUUCUCUCUCUCUCUCUCUGGAAACAGUGGCGUCAGAAGCUUGUCGGCCUGCUGUGCACGGCUGCCUGGACAUCGAAAAGGUGUAAUAUUUAUUUAGGGAGGGAGGGAGGGGAAGACUGAGGGGAGAGAGAGGGAGAUGGAUGAGGAGCAGAGAUGAGAAUGUACUGUAAAGAUGUGAUUGUACACCACACUAUGGAGAGAAAUGAAAAGUUCUAAAACAAGCAA